CGUGGGAUAAAACCGGCUGGAAAUGACUCUGAUUGGAAAAAACUUCCCAAGCAAUCAAAAGUCAAACGGAGAUUUCUGGUGGUGCUGCCCCCGCCCCUCCCCCCGCCGAGCGGGUACUCGGAGACAGGCAGCUGGAGGCGGGUGCUGCAGCCGAACAGGCCUGCAAGACAUUUGUGUGGGGGGCUUGAGAUCCAAAGGUGACCCCCCCCUCCCCUGCAGCGCCCAGCGCCUGCUUGGGAAGAAGAGAUCUGCCGCCAGGAGCAGCUGCCCGCCUUCCUUCUGAGGGGCGAUCUCCCCCGCCCCCUAACCAGCCAUGCCCCAUAACACCAUCCGAUCAGGCCUCCCCUGGCCUGCCCGGGGCUGGCUUUGUCUCUCGGCAGGGCACGGCGGGUUGAACCAGCUAGGCGGGGCCUUCGUGAACGGCCGCCCGCUGCCGGAAGUGGUCAGGCAGCGCAUUGUGGACCUGGCCCACCAGGGCGUGCGGCCCUGCGACAUCUCCCGCCAGCUGCGAGUCAGCCACGGCUGCGUCAGCAAAAUCCUGGGCAGUAGGUACUACGAGACCGGCAGCAUCCGGCCCGGCGUGAUUGGAGGCUCCAAGCCCAAGGUGGCCACCCCCAAGGUGGUGGAGAAGAUUGGGGACUACAAGCGGCAGAACCCCACCAUGUUCGCGUGGGAGAUCCGUGACCGCCUGCUGGCUGAGGGCGUCUGCGACAAUGACACCGUGCCCAGCGUCAGCUCCAUUAACAGAAUCAUCCGGACCAAAGUCCAGCAGCCAUUCAACCUCCCGAUGGACAACUGCGUGGCCUCCAAAGCUCUGAGCCCUGGGCACAGCCUGAUCCCCAGCUCAGCCGUGACCCCCCCGGAGUCACCCCAGUCGGACUCGCUGGGCUCCACCUACUCCAUCAGCGGACUCCUGGGCAUCGCCCAGGCCAGCAGCGACAACAAGAGGAAGAUGGACGACACAGGUGACCCAGAGAGCUGCCGGCUCAGGAUGGACACCCAGAGCAGCGCCAGCGCCGCCCGCAAGCACCUGCGCUCCGAAGCCUUCGGCCAGCCCCCCCUGGAGCCACUGGAGUGCCCCUUCGAGCGGCAGCACUACCCCGAGGCCUACGCCUCUCCCAGCCAUGCCAAGGGCGAGCAGGGUCUCUACCCGCUGCCCCUGCUGAGCAGUGCACUGGAUGACGGCAAAGCUGCGCUGACCGCCUCCAACACGUCACUCAGCCGCGGCCUGGCCGCCCCCCAGCCAUACGCGGCCGUGACGGACCCGCACUCCCCCUUCCUUGUAAAGCAGGAGACCCCCGAGGCCUCCAGCCCGAGCGCCACCCCUUCCUCUUUAUCUAGCGCCGCCUUUUCGGACCUGCAGCCCGGGCCGCCCUUCAGAGCCUUCCCCCACUGCUCCGUCAUCUACGGCCAGUUCCCCGGCCAGGGCCUCGUCCCAGGGCGCGAGAUGGUCGGCUCCACCCUGCCCGGCUACCCCCCGCACAUCCCCACCGGCGGGCAGGGCAGCUACGCCUCCUCCGCCAUCGCUGGCAUGGUGGCAGCAGGCAGUGACUACUCUGCGAACGCCUACAGCCAUUCCCCCUACUCCACCUACGGUGAGGCCUGGCGCUUCCCCAACUCCAGCCUGCUGAGUUCCCCAUAUUAUUACAGCUCUGCCUCGAGGGCCCCCGCGCCCCCCGCCGCUGCCUACGACCACCUGUAGCUGCCAUGGGAGCCGCAGCACAGGACCCCCGGACGGGCCCGGCGCAGCCAGCCAAAGGCAUUGUUAUUUAUUACCCGGCGAGAGAGCGCAGCCAGCCCCGAUGCCUGCAGGGAAGGGGUGACACGGCCACCCUCGGCACCGGCACAACUGCUUUGUGGGGACAUGGGGCAGAGGCAUCUGGGUGACGCAGCUCCACUGGGGGCAGAACAAUGCGGGGGCCCAGGAUACCCAACAAUGGAUAGCACCUCUGUGCCCAUCCUGCCCCUUGGCCAGAGACCCCCCAGACAAAAGGGGCUGGACAGGGACUUUUGAUUAUCACAUGGCUUCUAGAGACCCAGAUCAGCUCGAUCUAUCUGUCCCCACACCUCUCAGCCGUCUGUCCCCAUAUACCCCUCUAUGGAUCUAUCUGUCACCGAAUGCCCCGUCUGUCUGUCCCCAUACACUCCUCGUCUGUCUGUCUGUCUAUCCCCAUCUAUCUAUCUAUCUAUCUAUCUAUCUAUCUAUCUAUCUCCAUCCACCCCCUCUAUCUAUCUGGCGAUCACUCUCCCCAACAGCCCCAUGACCUGAGGACUGGCUCUGGGACCCUGCUGAGCUGCUCUCCUGUGUUUCUCACCAGCCCCGUCCCCACCACGGGCUUUCUUCUCUCCUCCCCUCUCGCUGGCCAUCCAGCCACGCUGGGCUGGGCGCAGGACUUCGACGCCCGGCUGGGCCCCAUUGGGAUGCAGACCCUGGAAAGCUCUGUUUGCUGAGGCUCACCCUACUGGGCCGGUGUUUGCCAGCGGCUGGGGAGGGGCAGUGCACCCAGGGGCAGCCCAGCUCCCUCCUGCCAGCCUGGCCCCUCCCCCAUGGGCAGUGCCAGCUGCCCCCAUGGCGCUGCAUGACAGGCAUUCCAGCCCCCCUUGGGACCACGCCCGUUGCUCGGUCUCGAUCCCAGUCUCACCUUGCUUGUGUAUAGACUGUACAUCACCCCCUCCCCUGGCGGGGCAUGGGGCAGCCCCCUCAGUUCUCCUCUUUCGCUCUCUCCCCUUUGGAUGCUCCUGCUUUUUAUUAAAGGUUCAAUAAACCCAUUGUCCUGGCGUGCCAGGCAUGCCAGCGUGAGCCAGCA